UUAUCUGAAUAAUUAGUAUUCACCAAUAAUCAAGUUUAGAAUAUAUACAAAAUUGGAUAAACCUUAUUUUUCGAUCAGCAGAGAAAUGCAUGUUGAAGAAUUAGAGUUUUUACCUAAAAUACGUAAAACUAUAAAGCCUUCACCGACUUUUGAAUUAGUUGCUGCCACUAUUAUUUUAGACAGACAUAAGAUAUUGAAAGCUUCCCGGUGGUGAUUUGCUCUUCCCUCUCUCUGAUAGAGAGACCAGCCAUGCAAAGAUAUGAAUAAUAGAAGGUUUUCAGCUUCAAAACUUAUAAUAUCAUGUAAGAAACAAACGCUUUGCUGAAUUUCUCGGAGGAUUUGGGCAUGCUUUUGAAUGUUUCUUGUACAGUUUUGUUAGUGAUUUCUAAGAGGUGAAGACUUCCUAAAAAAUUAGCUUCACCACUAUUCACUUUAAGGUAUGGUCCAAGUAAACUAACCUAAUUUUGAAAACAUUCAUAAUAGGCAUGAAGGAGUUCCAAGAUUAAAAUUGAAUAAAAUCCUACAAGGCCGUUGUUGUGUGCUCUUUGAGAGGUGUAAGGAUACUCUUCGACUCAGCCUGACCUAAAUUUUUCAAGUUGAUUUUUAAGAGUAUGAAUAAAAAUUAGUGAUAUGAUGAAUCCUAGUGAGCUAGUACAUCCAGAAUUAACUUUCUUCUACUAAUAAAGCAGAGGAGAGAUCCUUUCUGGAAAUUCUUGACUAAAUACAGCAUAGGAGCUUACUCUUUCACCACACUUUGGU